AUGCUGUCAUCGUUCUUCUUCGGUGGCGGUGGAUCUGGAGGGGCAGUUGGUCAUCAGCAUCGUCAUGGAGGGGCUAUAAGGGACGAGAAGGCAGGCCGGCGAGGCAGUAGCAAUAGCCCUACCUCUUCUCCAAACACCAACGGUGGCACUGCCAAUACAAAUAGCCGAAGCUGGACGUCACUUUUCCUCAGGAGAGACAAGAAUAACUCAACGCCGGAUAGUGAUUAUAGUAGUCGAAGUGCGAAUAGGAAUAGCCAUGAUGUUAUCAAGAAAAGUCGAAAGUCGCCGGAUGCAAUAACUGCCUCCUCGAGAUCAACUUCGACGCUGUCGCUGCUCGAGCUCGAACUUGCCCGCCCCGCACAAACUCAGGUUCCUGUUCAAGGUCAGGUUCCUGGUCGGGUUCCUGUUCAAGAUCAGACAGGGUCCUCGCCCUCCAACAGAUCCGCCUUAACCCCAAAACCUCACCGCCGUCAUUCCUCAGCCCAGCACACCAGUGCCGCUCCCACCACCGCUGCUACUGCCAAACCCAAGGCUUCUUCAAAACUUCAGCGGCAAUCUGCCCCAGUAUCUUCAAAGAAAAUUUCUAACCAUCCUCAGCCGUCUCCGGAUUUGUUGGACUCGAAACGAGGGAAUUCUGCACCUAACAAUAUCGUCGUCGGGCAGCCGACAGGGGGCUACUUGUCCAGCAAACCGAACCAGGCUGAACCCCGAAUCCCACCGUCUUUUCGACAUUCCGCCUUUGGACCUGCAUUGCUUGCCCAAAAACCUCUUUUCCCCAAACCUGCAGCCUACCUUUACACUGUCCGGAGUGCUCUCUCAUCGACGAUGUCCGCAAGUUCGCCGUCCCCUCCGCCCUUAGACCCACCGAAAAGGCACAUCAAAAGGGACCGCACCCCUUCUCCUACAAGACGUCACUCUACCACUCGGAAGGUUAAAACUCCUACUUCUCGCGACGUCGAACACCCCGAUAUUACCUGUCCCGAACUUCCUACACCUCCCGACUCCCGGAGAGCUACUCCAGCUCACUCUCAUCGACCUAGGGAAUCGUCUAGGAAUCUGACGACAAUCAAGGAAGAUGCCCCGGAAAGAAGUAGAGAACGGGCGAAGAAGCAUCGUCGGCAUAGGACACAGGAGGAGAGGGAGGAGAAAGAGAGAGAGAGGAGAAAACGAAGGGCUCGAGAAGCUGAAGAAGAUAGACUUGAAGACAUUCGACGGCACCGUGAUAGAACUCCAGUUAGCCUGACUCCGGAACAACCUACCCGUACUCCACCACCGCCUCCGGCUGGUGAACCAAUACCGCCACCAAGAUAUACGACACCAGUGAUACCAAGGAGGGAGUCGUCUACACCAGGCGCCCAAUCAAUGCUACGAGCGAGUGCUACGACGAUCUUCCAGGCCAUAAAAACAGUGGGGUCAAAAUCUUCGAGAGAUCAAUUGAGUAAUCCAUCGCCUAAAUCUAGUGGCACCCGUGUGGUCUUACAGCAAACGGAGCAAUCCAUCAAAGUCAAAGUUGAUAGCCCCAACCGUCCCAGACAUAUUCACCGUGACGAAGGCGACUCAACAGACUCUGAUGAACUUGAACAACCCCAUACCCCUGAAGGAGCAGAGUUCCCAAUAGCGAAGAAUCAGGAACGGAAAGGUUCAGUGCAAGUUUCGCCCAAUGUCAAAAUUGUAGGGGAGGAUGUAUCGGAAGAUUUGAUAAACGAAAGGGAGACUAUUGACUUUCUGCUACCUUACGGUGGGCUACGAGAGCAAUUCGAUUCGGGCUAUGAGAUUGAGCAGGAAAUGCCUGAAGACGAGCUUGAUGAAGAAGAUUCAGAAGGAGACGAUGAGACCGUACAUGCGCCCGGCGCACAGCCAGUGAAGAAGAAGUCACAUCAUACCCUUGCGAACUCGGCCGUCAACAUCGACCCACUAAGUCAACAGCUACCGGUUUUACUUAGCCUGAUUGAUAAUACGGUGACCGCUUACGAAACUAUAUUAGAAACACAAGGAUCGUUCGCCGUUGGAAUCGGUGGAUAUCAACCUGUUGCCCGCCGCCUUCUAGAAAAGGUUGGGAAGAUAUUUUCGAGGGAGCUACCUCCAGAUGCUGCCACUUGGGGUGAAACAUUGGAGUAUAUCAGCGGCAGGAAAGCUUACCCUGAGCUUUGUGAUGUUGACUUCAAUGACGAUGAGGCAAUUUCGGAGUUCUUUGAGCAUGAUGGUGAGAAGAUGUUUAUCUUCAAUGCUUGCCUAGAAGAACCUGAAGUCCUUGACCCAGCCGUUAUUGGCCUCAGAAGAUUAAUGGAAGAAGACGUCACUCCGGAAGAAACAGCGAUCUACCUCACUAGCUACCCGCAUAUUCGACCUCUGUUGCUCGCCUGUAGGCACAUGACUGACGAUGAAUUGGACAUUCUUUACAGCAAAAGGGCUACUGCAUUCCUAGAUGUCGACGUUGCCGUACGGUCUGACAAGCAGCGUGAGGUAACCGAAUGCGCUGAACUCAGUAAGGGCAUCGACGAAACAGUCAAACAGCUCGAAGCCACUAUUGCACGCAUGAAAACCGUUCAAACCAAUAUCCUCAAGCGGAAAAAAGGGAUUGAAGCCCAUCUUUCAAUUCACGCCCCGAAUGAUGAUGAAAUACCAAGCCUGCCUGCUGAAAUUCAAACCGCGAUUGACGAAAUACAAAACGAGGAUAUAAUUAGAAUGGAGGAGCGUAAACGCAGAAGGAAGGAGUUGAGGGAGGAGGCGGAGGAGGAAGAUGAUGGGGAUACGCUGCUUCCGGAUGAUAGUAUCAGCCAGAUUAAUCCGUACAGGGCGAGGUAUAUUCCGCAGAGUGUUACCAGGGCAUAUCAAGAGGCACAAACGAGGGCAGCAGCAUCGGUAGCACAGGUACCCGCUAGUGUGGCGUCAACUAAAACUUCAACCUCGAUCUUGCAAGAAUACCUCACAGCGCGAGCGCCUCCAAGGCAAACGCAGCUGGGAGUCCAUGGUAACAGUCAUAUUGCGCACUCUGCAGGUUACGACCCUAGCAACCCAACUGGAAUGGGUCAUCUAAGUGUUCCCAAGAAGCCCAACGCCUAUCUGAGGAUGGCUCUUCCCUCCAAAGUUUACGGUACAUUUGUGAAUGAUAUCAAAGAUGCAGUGCGAAGGCUCCCAAUACACAAUUUAAAUAGAAACCUGGAGGUUAUCCCGGAGAGAGGGGAGACGCCAGAGGUUGGUAGAAGUGGGACCCCUGACACGCACCAACAUUUGCAAACCUCGUCUCCCCAUGAUGAUGCUCUCUAUAGAAGCAACUCAAGGGGCUCAACUAAGACCCCUGUGAGGAAUGCGAGCGGUGCUUCCAGUAAGAAGAGCGGGUUGUUCAGCAAGAAGCCGAUAGAUGAUACAGAUAGAAGUUGCACGCCUGUCAUUGUACAUAGUGGCGUUGGAGGGUAUGGGAGUUCGAAACCAGUAGUCGUAACAAACGAUGCAGGUGUGAACAUCAAGAAAGAUAAGGAGAAAAGCGAUAGGGAGAGGGAGAGGCGAAAGCGAGAGAAAGGGAAAAGCGGAAGUAGUAGUCGUCGGCGAGAGAGUUACGCUGAGAAGCCGAGAAGAUAA